UCAUUACCUGGAAAUUGUUUCCCUGUUGUUUGGCCUUUUCUUUUCUUUUUGUCUCUCUGUGUUUUUUCUCAUGCUUUUUACCUGUUUUGUGGCGCCUUCUCUUCCUCUCCCCUCCCCUUCCUCUACCCUUCCCCUCCCCUUCCCCUCCCCCCUGCCCCUACCAGCUAUUCUCGUGUACCGAACUCUUCCGGGUACGAAGCCGUUUCGAAAGCUGGCUCAUUUGAGCAUACACGGGGUUGCGUUAAUCUUGGCUAUCGUGGGAGUUAUUUCAGCCUUCCGGUUUCACGAUCUCAGUACGCCUCCGAUCGACAACUUGUACAGCCUCCAUAGCUGGCUUGGGAUUACGACUGUCGUCUUCUUCGGGCUGCAGUGGAUCGCCGGAUUUGUGUCCUUCUGGUACCCAAGGUUGCAGACUUCAUUGCGGGCAAGUUACCUGCCGUGGCACGUCUUCUGGGGCCUUACCAUCUUUGUCUUCGGUGUAGCUACCGCCCUGAUGGGAGUUCUGGAGAAACUCACCUUCCUGCAGACUGGCUCUGUCAUCUCCAGGUUUUCUUCUGAAGCCAUGUGGGCAAACACUCUGGGUGUUCUCCUCGUUGCAUUUGCAAUAUCGGUCGUUGCAGCGGCCAUCUGCAAUGACAGACAAGGGGACGACUACAGAAUAUUAGACUAAUAACAAGUCUACUAAAAAGAGUGUGUAAACAACUU